GAGACAGCAACCUAAUACCCUUUCCCUCUUCUGAGUGUCAAGUGUGGGUGUAGUUGGAUAGUUUUUGAGUAGGCUAUACCAAGACAUCCACUAGUGUAUGCAAAGAUGUUUGUUUGGAUGUGUCAUCAACCUUGUUCCAUCGUGACUCUAAUGUUGGGGAUCACCUUCGUCACAAUCACUUAUGACUUGGGCCGGAGUAGAAUGGGUGUCCAGGCUUGGACCUAUAACUACACUGAUGGUCCUGCUAUGGACUGGGAAUCGGCUCGAAAGUACUGCCAGGAACAUUUCACAGACAUGGUGGCCAUCCAGAACCAGGAGGAGAUCAGAUACCUCAACGACAUGCUGCCGUAUGUCAAAGGAUACUACUGGAUUGGCAUUCGCAAGGUGGCAGAGAAAUGGACAUGGGUGGGGACUAAGAAAGAGCUGACAGAGGAGGCAGCAAACUGGGCCGACAAUGAGCCCAGUGGUGGGAAGACUGGAGAGGACUGUGUGGAGAUCUACAUCAAGAGGCCCAAGGACACCACCAAGUGGAACGACGAGAAGUGCAAUAAGAAGAAGCAGACUAUCUGUUACACAGCCUCCUGCUCUGAGGACUCGUGCAGUGAGUUUGGGGAGUGUGUGGAGACCAUUGGCAACUUCACGUGCAAGUGUCUGCCUGGCUUUGAAGGGCCUCGCUGUGAGAAUGCGGUUGCCUGCAGGCCUCUUCUAGAUCCAGAGCAGGGCACACUGAACUGUGUUGACGUCUUUGAGAAGAACCGAUUCAACUCCAGCUGUCAGGUGGAAUGCAAUCCAGGGUACAGGCUGCAGGGGGCAGCGCAGAUCCGCUGUCUGGCUUCAGCACAGUGGACACACCCUUCGCCCUCAUGCACAGCUGUGAAGUGUCCUGAGGUGUCUGCUGCCCCCAGUGGAGGAAGUGUGAACUGCAGCCACCCCACAGCCCCCCACAGCUUCACCUCCACCUGUGAGUUCAGCUGUGAUGAGGGCUUCGUGCUCCAGGGAGCUCACAGGAUACAGUGUGAUCCCACAGGACAGUGGACUGACUCUGAACCCACCUGCACAGCUGUGGAGUGUCCUGAGGUGUCUGCUGCCCUCAGUAAAGGAAGUGUGAACUGCAGCCACCCCAUAGCCCCCCACAGCUUCACCUCCACCUGUGAGUUCAGCUGUGAUGAGGGCUUCGUGCUCCAGGGAGCUCACAGGAUACAGUGUGGCCCCACAGGACAGUGGACUGACUCUCAACCCACAUGCACAGCUGUGGAGUGUCCUGAGUUGUCUGAUGCCCCCAGUGGAGGAAGUGUGAACUGCAGCCACCCCAUAGCCCCCCACAGCUUCACCUCCACCUGUGAGUUCAGCUGUGAUGAGGGCUUCAUGCUCCAGGGAGCUCAUAGGAUACAGUGUGGCCCCACAGGACAGUGGACCCAUCCAGAACCCACAUGCAAAGCGUUGGAGUGUCCUGAGUUGUCUGAUGCCCCUAGUGGAGGAAGUGUGAACUGCAGCCACCCCAUAGACCCCCACAGCUUCACCUCCACCUGUGAGUUCAGCUGUGAUGAGGGCUUCGUGCUCCAGGGAGCUCACAGGAUACAGUGUGGCCCCACAGGACAGUGGACCCACCCUGCACCCACAUGCACAGAGAGGGAGGUACCACUGUGGGCUGCCAUGCUGAAGUACACUGCUAUAGGAGCGGGCUCCGCUACUGGUCUGCUGGGGAUGAUUGGAGCCAUACUUCUCAUUAAACGCAUGACCAAGAAACUCAGACACUACCUGCGCUAUAGCGUGGGCACCGACCGUACUAGGGAAACAAACAUAGCACGAUUCACGAAGACGGCAGCAUCCCAGAUGCUACCAUACCACAAAAUGUUCAUUUGGAUGCAUCAUCAACAUUUUCCCAUGGUCAUGCUAAUGUUGGAGAUCACCUUCUUCACAAACAGUUAUGACUUGGGCCAGAGUAGAGCGGGUGUCCAGGCCUGGACCUAUAACUACACCGAUGGUCCUGCUAUGGACUGGGCAUCGGCUCGAAAGUACUGUCAGGAACAUUUCACAGACAUGGUGGCCAUCCAGAACCAGGAGGAGAUCAGAUACCUCAACGACAUGCUGCCGUAUGUCAAAGGAUACUACUGGAUUGGCAUCCGCAAGGUGUCAGAGAAGUGGACAUGGGUGGGGACGAGGAAGGAGCUGACAGAGGAGGCAGCAAACUGGGCCAAAGGGGAGCCCAAUGGCAAGAGGAAUGGAGAGGACUGUGUCGAGAUCUACAUCAAGAGGCCCAAGGACAACACCAAGUGGAACGACGAGAAGUGUGUUAAUAAGAAGCAGGCUAUCUGUUACACUGCCUCCUGCUCUGAGGACUCGUGCAGUGAGUUUGCGGAGUGUGUGGAGACCAUUGGCAACUACAGGUGCAAGUGUCUGCCUGGCUUUGAGGGGUCUCGUUGUGAGAAUGCGGUAGCCUGCGUGCCUCCUCUAGAUCCAGAUCAGGGCACACUGAGCUGUGUUCACGUCUUCGGAACGAACCGAUUCAACUCCAGCUGCCAGGUGGAAUGCAACACAGGGUACAGGCUGCAGGGGGCAGCACAGAUACGCUGUCUGGCUUCAGCACAGUGGACACACCCUUCGCCCUCAUGCACAGUUGUGGAGUGUCCAGCAGAACCUGAUGCCCCCAGUGGAGGAAGUGUGAACUGCAGCCACCCCAUAGCCCCCCACAGCUUCACCUCCACCUGUGAGUUCAGCUGUGAUGAGGGCUUCGUGCUCCAGGGAGCUCACAGGAUACAGUGUGACCCCACAGGACAGUGGACCCAUCCAGAACCCACAUGCAAAGCUGUGGAGUGUCCUGAGGUGUCUGCUGCCCCCAAUGGAGGAAGUGUGAACUGCAGCCACCCCAUAGCCCCCCACAGCUUCACCUCCACCUGUGAGUUCAGCUGUGAUGAGGGCUUCGUGCUCCAGGGAGCUCACAGGAUACAGUGUGGCCCCACAGGACAGUGGACUGACUCUCAACCCACAUGCACAGCUGUGGAGUGUCCUGAGGUGUCUGCUGCCCCCAGUGGAGGAAGUGUGAACUGCAGCCACCCCAUAGCCCCCCACAGCUUCACCUCCACCUGUGAGUUCGGCUGUGAUGAGGGCUUCGUGCUCCAGGGAGCUCACAGGAUACAAUGUGACCCCACAGGACAGUGGACUGACUCUCAACCCACAUGCAAAGCUGUACAGUGUGAGGAGUUAGUAGCUAUUCCUCAGGGCAAACUAAAUUGCCUGGACCCCUUGGAAAAGUUCAGCUACAGCUCCACCUGCUGGUCAGAGUGUGACAGUGGCUAUGUCCUGCAGGGAAACAACUCCACUUAUUGCUCCGCCCAUGGCCAGUGGAGCAAUGCCCUUCCUGUUUGCCAAGUUGUGGAGUGUCCUGAGGUGUCUGCUGCCCUCAGUGGAGGAAGUGUGAACUGCAGCCACCCCAUAGCCCCCCACAGCUUCACCUCCACCUGUGAGUUCAGCUGUGAUGAGGGCUUCGUGCUCCAGGGAGCUCACAGGAUUCAGUGUGACCCCACAGGACAGUGGACUGACUCUGAACCCACCUGCACAGUUGUGGAGUGUCCUGCAGAGCCUAAUGCCCCCAGAGGAGGAAUUGUGAACUGCAGAGACCCCAUAGCCCCCCACAGCUUCACCUCCAGCUGUGAGUUCAGCUGUGAUGAGGGCUUCAUGCUCCAGGGAGCUCACAGGAUACAGUGUGGCCCCACAGGACAGUGGACCCAUCCAGCAGCCAACUGCAAAGUUGUGGAGUGUCCUGCAGAGCCUAAUGCCCCCAGUGGAGGAAGUGUGAACUGCAGCCACCCCAUAGCCCCCCACAGCUUCACCUCCACCUGUGAGUUCAGCUGUGAUGAGGGCUUUGUGCUCCAGGGAGCUCACAGGAUACAGUGUGGCCCCACAGGACAGUGGACUGACUCUCAACCCACAUGCAAAGCUUUAGAGUGUCCUGAGGUGUCUUCUGCCCCCAGUGGAGGAAGUGUGAACUGCAGCCACCCCAUAGCCCCCCACAGCUUCACCUCCACCUGUGAGUUCAGCUGUGAUGAGGGCUUCGUGCUCCAGGGAGCUCAUAGGAUACAGUGUGACCCCACAGGACAGUGGACUGACUCUCAACCCACCUGCACAGCGUUGGAGUGUCCUGAGGUGUCUGCUGCCCCCAGUGGAGGAAGUGUGAACUGCAGCCACCCCAUAGACCCCCACAGCUUCACCUCCACUUGUGAGUUCAGCUGUGAUGAGGGCUUCAUGCUCCAGGGAGCUCACAGGAUACAGUGUGGCCCCACAGGACAGUGGACUGACUCUCAACCCACAUGCAAAGCUGUGGAGUGUCCUGAGGUGUCUGCUGCCCCAAGUGGAGGAAGUGUGAAUUGCAGCCACCCCAUAGCCCCCCACAGCUUCACCUCGACCUGUGAGUUCAGCUGUGAUGAGGGCUUCGUGCUCCAGGGAGCUCACAGGAUACAGUGUGAUACCACAGGACAGUGGACCCAUCCAGAACCCACAUGCAAAGCUGUAGAGUGUGCGGGUUUAAUAGCCAUUCCUCUUGGCAAGCUGAAUUGCCUGGACCCCUUGGAAAAGUUCAGCUACACCUCCACCUGCUGGUCAGAAUGUGACAGUGGCUACGUCCUGCAGGGAAGCAACUCCACAUAUUGCUCUGCCCAUGGCCAGUGGACCAAUGCCCUUCCUGUGUGCCAAGUUGUGAAGUGUCCUGAGGUAUCUGCUGCCCCCAGUGGAGGAAGUGUGAACUGCAGCCACCCCAUAGCCCCCCACAGCUUCACCUCCACCUGUGAGUUCAGCUGUGAUGAGGGCUUCGUGCUCCAGGGAGCUCACAGGAUACAGUGUGGUCCCACAGGACAGUGGACCCAUCCAGCAGCCAACUGCACAGAGAGGGAGGUGCCUGUGGGGGCCGCCAUGCUGAAGUACACUGCUAUAGGAGCGGGCUCCGCUGCCGGCCUGCUGGGGAUUAUAGCAGCCAUACUCCUCAUUAAACGCAUGACCAGAAAAGGUAAACCUGAAGAGACAUUGUGGAACACAGGUAUUAAUCCAGUAUCGAGCACAGGUGUUAACCCAGUGUUUGAGGCUGAUGAAUGCUAGCAGCAACAAAAAAGGCCAACUUUUGUUUUGGUAGCACUUUAUUUGAUGCCGAUGU